AUGUCCUUAUUAAACAAAAAUGUUGUUAAAUUAAUUAAAAAAGUUUGGUCCUUUGAAGAAGCUUUUGAAAUAUUUAAAAUGCCCUUUCCUAAUUUGAUUAAAGAAGCCCAAUUAAUUCAUUCAAAACAUCACAAUCCUUGUAAAAUACAAAUUAGCGCCCUUUUAAGUAUUAAAACUGGUGCUUGUCCAGAGAAUUGUUCUUAUUGUCCACAAUCGAGUUUUUAUAAAACUGACAUUAAGAAGGAGCCUUUAAUGGAUUUGGAAAAAGUAAUUAAAGCAGCUAAAAUAGCAAAAGUAAAUGGUGCAACAAGAUUUUGUAUGGUUGGAGAAUUUUAA